ACUAAUGGAAGAGGGAACUGAGCUCAGACAUGAGUCCUGUGGUCAGGCAAGCAGGGCUUUCUGCAAACCCGGAAGAAGCUCUCACCCUGACUCCUCCAGCCCAGGCAUCUGCAGAGACUUAACAGGAAACAAGCUGAGUAAUGUUCAACCUCCAUUCCCAGUGUUCAGAGGAAGUACAUCUGCCGUUCUCUGAUGCCUGCCUUCCUGAAAAUGGGCCAGAGUCUCUUUCACUUUUGGAGACCAGUUUCUUAGCUGAGGAGCCUUGUUCAAAGACACACACUCCAGUGGGCCCCAUAGAGGAGCAGGGGCCUCUAAGAAAUCUUGUGUCGGACUGUCCCCUGCAUACAGGUGGCCCUUUGGCUUUCUCUGGCAGGUCUCCUCUAUCACUUCUGAUCAAACACCCAUUCACAGAGCAGAACUACCUGGCAGAGACAAGAAGCCACUGGUCUCCUGCUUGCAACAACAGAAGAGCGUCUUGAAGCAAUAAGAGCACAAACUGCUCAGAGAAGCAGUAUUCAAGGGCUCUAUCAUCAUGGAAGAAUCUCAGUCCAAGCAGGAAAGUAGCACAAAAGUGGCUCAGCAUGAAGGUCAAGAGGAUGUGGACCCAACCUUCAAAACAAAGAAACUUAUGGAGGUGGAGCUAAUGAAGCACAGAGUGCAGCUAGAGAGGAACUUGAAGCUAAGAACCUUUCCAGGAGCACGUACGAAGCAAGUAAAAGAGGCUCUUUACCCUCUUCUAACAUGGUCAUCAAAAAGCAAGAAUCUGUUCCAAAAUUUCACAAAACUACUACUCUUUAAAAAAUUGUGCCAAAGAGGCUCAGAAAACUUGGUCAGGGAAAGCUGGUAUCCAUGUGUACCAGAAGAAGAAGCACAUAUGAUUGACAUCCAAGAUUUAUUUGGCCCAAACUUAGGUACUCAGAAAAAGCCUCAAUUAGUCAUAAUAGAAGGAGCUGCUGGGAUUGGGAAGUCAACACUGGCCAGACUUGUGAAGAGAGCCUGGAAGGAAGGCAAGCUUUACAGGAAUGACUUCCAUCAUGUCUUCUUCUUCAGCUGCAGAGAGCUGGCCCAGUAUGAGCAGCUGAGUCUGGCUGAGCUCAUAGUACAAGGCCAGGAAGUGCCCACAGCUCCCAUUAGGCAGAUCCUGUCUCACCCUGAGAAGUUGCUCUUCAUUCUGGAUGGCAUAGAUGAGCCAGCAUGGGUCUUAGCAGACCAGAAUCCUGAGUUAUGUCUUCACUGGAGUCAAACCCAGCCUGUGCACACUCUGCUGGGCAGUUUACUUGGGAAAUCCAUCCUUCCUGGGGCUUCCUUCUUGCUCACAACUCGCACCACAGCUCUACAGAAAUUCAUUCCUUCCCUGGAGCAGCCAUGUCAAGUGGAAGUCCUAGGAUUCACUUUGUUUGAACGGAAAAACUAUUUCUACAAAUAUUUUGGGAAGAAAAAAGGUGGAGUUACUACUUUUACAUUAGUUAAAUCAAACUCAGCGCUCCUGACUCUGUGUGAAGUUCCCUGGGUGUGCUGGUUGGUCUGCACUUGCCUGAAAAAGCAGAUGGAGCAGGGUGGAGAGCUCUCACUGACCUCACAGACCACCACAGCACUCUGCCUGAAAUACCUUUCCCUGACGAUCCCAGGGCAGCACAUGAGGACCCAGCUCAGAGACCUCUGCUCACUGGCUGCUGAGGGGGUCUGCCAAAGAAGGACCCUGUUCAGUGAAAGCGAUCUCUGUAAGCAAGGGUUAGAUGAGCAUGCCAUUGCCAGUUUCCUGAAGAUUGGUGUCCUUCAAAAGCAGGCCAGCUCUCUGAGCUACAGCUUUGCCCACUUGUGUCUUCAGGAGUUCUUUGCAGCAAUGUCCUACAUCUUGGAUGAUAGUGAGGAAAGACAUGCUGAUAUGAAAAAUGACAGAAUUGUGGAAACACUGGUAGAAAGGUAUGGAAGACAAAACCUGUUUGAGGCACCCACUGUGCGUUUUUUAUUUGGUCUUUUGAGUAAAGAGGAAUUGAAAAAAAUAGAAAAGCUCUUUUCCUGCAGCCUUCAUGGAAAGACAAAGUUGAAACUACUAUGGCACAUCCUAGGGAAAUCCCAACCCCAUCAACCACCUUGCCUGGGUUUGCUCCACUGUCUGUAUGAAAAUCAGGAUAUGGAGCUCCUGACACACGUGAUGCAUGAUCUGCAAGGAACAAUAGUGCCUGGACCAGAUGAUUUGGCACACACAGUGUUGCAGACAAACGUGAAGCACCUGGUGAUACAGACAGACAUGGACCUCAUGGUGGUUACUUUCUGCAUUAAGUUCUGCUGUCACGUGAGGAGUCUUCAGCUGAACAGGAAGGUACAGCAGGGACAUAAGUUUACGGCCCCUGGGAUGGUUCUGUACAGAUGGACCCCAAUCACUGAUGCCAGCUGGAAGAUUUUCUUCUCCAAUCUUAAGUUAGCCAGAAACCUGGAGGAGUUGGACCUAAGUGGAAAUCCACUGAGCUACUAUGCAGUACACAGUCUUUGUACGACCCUGAGAAAGCGUGGCUGCCAACUAAAGACUCUGUGGCUUGUUGAAUGCGGCCUCACAUCCACAUACUGCUCACUUCUGGCCUCAGUACUCAGUGCCCGCUCCAGCCUGACUGAGCUAGACCUGCAGCUGAAUGACCUGGGUGAUGGUGGUGUGAAGAUGUUGUGUGAGGGGCUCAGGAAUCCUGCCUGCAAUCUCAGCAUCCUGUGGCUGGACCAGGCAUCUCUCAGUGACCAAGUGAUUGCAGAGCUCAGAACUCUGGAGGCAAAGAAUCCAAAGCUGCUCAUCUCCAGCACAUGGAAGCCACAUGUGAUGGUCCCUACGAUGAACAUGGAUAAAGAAGAAGUGGGUGAUAGCCAGGCCCUACUGAAGCAGCAGAGACAGCAGUCAGGAGACAAACACAUGGAACCUCUGGGGACUGAAGAUGAGUUCUGGGGCCCUACAGGACCUGUGACUACUGAGGUGGUUGACAGAGAGAGGAACCUGUACCGAGUUCAGUUACCCAUGGCUGGUUCCUACCACUGUCCCAGUACAGGACUCCACUUUGUGGUGACAAGGGCAGUGACAAUCGAGAUUGAAUUCUGUGCCUGGAGCCAAUAUCUCGACAAGACUCCCUUGCAGCAGAGUCACAUGGUGGUUGGACCUCUGUUUGACAUCAAGGCUGAGCAAGGAGCUGUGACUGCAGUGUACCUCCCUCAUUUUGUGGCCCUCCAAGAGGGAAUCGUGGACAGCUCCUUGUUCCAUGUUGCCCACUUUCAAGAACAUGGGAUGGUCCUAGAAACACCAGCAAGGGUGGAACAGCAUUACGCAGUACUGGAAAACCCAAGCUUCUCCCCAAUGGGGAUUCUACUGAGAAUGAUUCCGGCUGUCGGACACUUCAUCCCCAUCACUUCCACCACACUGAUCUACUAUCACCUCUAUCUUGAAGACGUCACCUUUCACCUUUACCUGGUCCCCAAUGACUGCAGUAUUCGAAAGGCCAUUGAUGAUGAAGAAAUGAAGUUUCAGUUUGUGCGCAUAAACAAGCCACCCCCAGUAGACGCUCUUUAUCUUGGUUCCCGCUAUAUCGUGUCUUCCUCCAAAUUGGUGGAAAUUAUCCCAAAGGAACUAGAGCUGUGCUACCGAAGCCCUGGGGAAUCCCAGCUCUUCUCUGAGAUCGACAUUGGGCACAUGGAUUCAGAGAUUAAGCUGCAAAUCAAAGACAAGAGGCACAUGAAUCUCAAAUGGGAGGCCUUGCUGAAACCAGGGGAUCUCAGACCUGCACUGCCCAAGAUUGCUACAGCCCCCAAAGAUGCUCCUUCCUUGCUGCACUUCAUGGACCAGCAUCGGGAGCAGCUGGUGGCCCGAGUGACAUCUGUAGAUCCUCUCUUGGACAAGCUGCAUGGUCUGGUGCUGAGUGAAGAUUCCUAUGAAGUAGUGCGGUCUGAGACCACAAACCAAGACAAGAUGAGGAAGCUCUUCAGCCUCAGCCGGUCCUGGAGCUGGGAUUGCAAAGACCAAUUCUACCAAGCUCUGAAGGAGACCCAUCCUCACCUGGUCAUGGAUAUACUUGAGAAGUUGGGUGGGGUCUCUGUGAAAUCCUGACAUCCUGGUGGCUGAAAAGUGAGCACUCUCCUUAGAGUCCUGCCUCUGCCUGACCUUUCCUUGGUCCUGAGUUGCUCCAUCUGUAACCAAUGGCCAUCUGAGUUUCCUUUCUUGUGGCAGUGCUUCCAUGACAUUUCUUGGUGAUCCAUAUGAUCCCUUUUGGCCUUCCCCAGCCAUAUGUUAAUGUGGAAUAAGCAUCUCAGAAAAAAUCCAGUGGGGCCAUGUCUAUUCAGACGUUGUCCCCCAUGUUCUUAUGAUCAAAGCAGCCAGUCUAGAGACAGCCUGACCCACCAUGAAUGCAAGCAGGGCUGAGGAUCAUGGGACUGGAAAGUGAGUGUCUUAUGAAUAGGAAAGGAAGGGGGCUUUUUAAACUCAUGUUGUGUGCUCAGAAACAGAGGUGUAGAGAAGUCACAUGGUGCAGCAUGGGACUCACUGUCAGAAACACCCCAGAUUCAGUGCACAUUGUAAUUUAAUCUUGGGCACUUGCAUAUACACAUGCCUUCUGUUCUUGUGAUGAAUUUGCAAACCUCGCAUUUUGUUAUAUCAUCCCAUAUGGAGGUGUGUGUCACAGCUUAGGAAACUGAUAUGUGAUGGUAGACCAGAUGACUGAACAGAGGCUCAGUGGUUAGCAGUUGCUCUUGAGAUGGUCAGAGUCCUAUUCCCAGCACCCAUUUCAGGCAGCUCACAACUGUGAAUAACACCAACCUCACUGGAUCCAACAGCCUCCUUCCCACUUCUUGGUCACCCAUAUAUACAUUCACAUGCACAAAAUAGGUUUUUAAUUUUUAUAAAAGAAUGAAUAAUAAAAUGGGAUUCUUCUCCAUUGCUCACCCAUCUGUAGUCUCCCCUCCCCCAGCCUGAAACCUGCUUGCUCAGGGGUGGAGCUUCCUGCUCAUUUGUUCUGC